GCGGCGUUUUUCUAAAUCAAAAGCGCACGCCGUCGCUGCCCCUGCGCACGCACCCACUCGCACGCGUUCGGACGCGCACCGUCGCGCUGCCCAUCGAUCAAUCAAAUGGACGACCUCCCGGCCACGCCGAUCAGGUCCCCAAGGAGCCCGGGCAAGAAGCUUACAUUAGCGGAAGAUGAGGUAGCGAGAUUACGAGCCCGCUUGGAAGAGGAGGAGGCCUGGCAGGCCAAGAUCUUGAAGCGCCUCGAGGCCAAGGCCGCCGAGGACAAAAAAAAUGAGUCCAAAUACGAGUCCACAGCAAGGGCAUUGGACGACUGCGCCGCGGACUUGGAAGCGUCUCGUCAAAGAUGCGCCGUGCUGGACGAUGAUAAUGCGUCGUUGCGAGAUGAAUUGUCGGCCGCACACGACCGAGCGGCCGACGCCGAGGAGCGGGCGAGGUUCGCGGAGCAGCAGCGGACACGUAAUUUAGAAGCUUUAGCGCAGUCCAUGGCCGAAGUUGGGUUAUUGAAACAUGAAGUGGAACGGUUGAAAAGAUCGAAGAGUGGCGGAUUGACGCCGCCGACCUCCCUGGAAGGUUUCCUGCGGGAAUUGGGUCUACCAGACGACUACGCACCUAGAUUGAGGAGGUUAGGCGCGAAGCGGGUCUUCGACCUCGCGUUUCUGAGGGACGAAGAUCUCACGGACGUGACGGACGCGGAACGGAGGAUUCUACGAAGGUGCGCGGGGCGAUUGCGGGCGCUCGUGGACGUGCUGGGGGAUGAUGUGGAAGAUAGGGACCCGGUCGGCUGCUCGUCCAUAACGGCGAUCGGCUCGCCCGACCAGAAGAACCGGAAAAAAGCGCAAGGGGACGACUGCUGCGUAAUGUGAAUUUUAUUUG